GGCGUGGACAAGGUUAUGAUCGACUAUAUAAAUUCGAAAAUUUUUGUUAAGUGUAUCACUUGUUCAGCUUUAGUCAAGCACCAAGUACAUCAAAAUGAAAUUCAUCAGCGCCGUUGUCCUUCUCGUAGCUGUGGCCGCCGCCCAUGCCGGUGUUGCCCCCAUCGACAGCGCCGCCGUUCUUGCCGGUCCCUCUGGUACCGUAGUUAGAUCUGGUGUUGCCGCCUAUGCCUCCCCCGUCGCCUACGCUGCUGCUCCCUACGCCGCCUACGCCGCUGCUCCCAUCGUCAGGAGCGGUAUCGUCGCCGCCGGCCCCAUCGCCUAUGCUGCCGUCCCCGCCGGUUCUGGACUUGAAGGACAAUGGAUCCCAGACAUCACCGAAAAAUUCUACGAUGAUGGUAGCUACAAACCCCACGUCUACGGAUAUUAAACACCUUGAGGCUGAACUUCGCUAUGUACCUUUUUGUUAAGACCAUCUUAAAUUUUGUGAUCAAAUAGAAAAUAAAUAAUUUAUUUUCCCUA